CUUCAUUUAUUUGCUUUAAAUUAAAGCAGACUUUUUCAUCUUCUUCUACUUCCUCUUCUUUUAUAGGUUUCGUAGAAGUAUUGUAUUCAACUGAAUCUUCAGAUACUUUUAUAGAAUCAAUCCCAGGAUUUUCACAAAUUAAAUCUGCUCUUUCAGUAUCACUUACAUCACAAGUCACUGGAGGUUCCUGUGUUUCAAUAUCACUUGUAACAGGAAUUUCCACAAGUUCAAGCGGUUUAUUCUCAAUUUCAUGAUUACAAAACGAAAACACAAGUGGAAUGUCUUGACAGGAACCUUCAGAUUUAAGAACACUGUCACUACACUUCAAAUUUUCUGAAUCCUCUGCUGUACCAGUUUCAGUGCUAUUUUGACUGCCAUUCUCCUUAAGCAACACAUUCAAUUCUUCACUAAACUCUGAAAUAACAGUUAAAACUGCGAUUGACAAGGAAUCCGGUAAUCCAAUUUUGGUCUUAUAAUUAAAUAUUAAUGCUUCAAACACGUCCAAAGCUGCAACCUUUUGUAAAAAGUGUUCAAGGUUAACGAAGGCACUUUUAAUAACAUGAUCAGUCACAGUCAUCUCCGCUCACAUUACGCAAAACAAAUGACAUCCACUUUGCACUGCACCUGCACACGAGAUGUAAGGUAUACCGAUGCAGUCGUGAUGUAAGGAUGCUGACAUACUUGCAUUAUACGGUUCACUGAUCCGCACCCGCAGUGAUCUUCAGGUGAUCUUUUCUCUCAUGUAUCUGGUCCAGUCCCCUCAUAGACAAGGGGGAGCCAAAAAUAGAUUCGUAAAAUACAUUUUUUGACGUUUGUAUGCUAGCGUGUCGCGAAAUAUUGAUGAAUAUGCAGAGAACUCCAUGCAUAGUCCUGAAAUGAAUUGCUGUAUUUUUUAAAAGGCCUUUCGUCCAAUUUCAUCGACUCGAAACCCGUGCUGACACACCCCUAACAUUGAUAGCAUUUCUACCACCAAAUAAAUAGAAAAAUAAGGUGGCAAAAUACUCCGUCUUAGGGGUCUCAGACAGUGGUCAAGAAUGUCAUCUAGCGCAUACGUUGACGUUGGAGAAAUGAGGAAGAAGUACAAAGACCAUUCAGAUGCUUUCACAGAAAAUGACUUAGAAGCUAAAGAACCAAUAGGACAAUUUAAAUCAUGGUUUGACCAUGCUUGUAAAAAUGCUGGAGAAUAUGAAGCAAAUGCAAUGAUUUUAUCUACUGCAUCAAAGGAUGGCACACCAUCUUGUCGCCCAGUUCUAUUGAAAGGAUUUGGUCCAGAAGGAUUUAUGUUCUUUACAAAUUAUCAAAGCAGGAAAGCACGUGAUUUGGAUGAGAACCCUAAAGCAGCUCUGACAUUUUUCUGGAACACACUGCAACGAGUAAUUAGAGUGGAAGGAUCAGUGGAGAAAGUGCCCUCUUCAGUAUCAGAAAAAUAUUUUCAUUCUAGACCACGACCGAGUCAAAUAGGUGCCUGUGCCAGCAAUCAGAGUGAAGUCAUUGCUGGGCGUGCUGUACUGAUUGGGAAAGCUAAUGAACUUAAUACCCAAUAUCCAGAAGGCACAGAUAUACCAUGCCCUCACUUCUGGGGAGGUUACCUGGUUGUACCCCAUAGUGUUGAGUUCUGGCAGGGUCAGAGUGAUCGUCUGCAUGAUCGAAUUAAAUUUCGACAAAAAAAACCUGGGGAAGAACCUGAUGGUAACAUUCUUCAUGCAGGAGAAGGCAACUGGGUUUUUGAGAGACUAGCUCCAUGAAGUAUUGCCUAAUGAAGUUAUAAUUGUUAUAAUUAUACACCAAAUAUGUAAAUAAGGAAUGUGAAAAAUAUAAAAAUGGAAAUAUAUUACAUGGGAAAAGUAGGACAAUAAAUUCAGUUCUUGUAUCCAAUAAAAUAUAUUACAUAAAUAACACUUUACAUUUAUAUAUAUAAUUUUUCUAACUACAUAACUUUUACUCACAUUUCCUCACAAUUUGUAGAAGUAAAUGAAAACAAAUUACUUUUUAAAAACACAUUAUUUAUCAUUAAUACAUGGAAAAUACUUCAUGUACUGAGUGACAUUCUGCAGUUUAUUAUUUAUAAUUCUUUCAGAUUAUGAUUUUCUUUUUGCCAGUAAUUUCUUCAGUACCAACAAACAUGUUUGCUUUAGUUAUACUUUUUGACAAUUAACCUAUGUUAUCCAACGACUAAGCUAUUUGCUAACCAACAAAGAUUUUGAACAUACUAAUACCAAUUGAAUAUCUGAAUACAAGAUCAUUACAAUAAAAAACAGCUUCUUCUACAUACACAAAAUAUGGAGAACAAUAGCAUUCAAUAUUUUUGUCUGUAAGUACUUAUGACAUUGGACAUUGAUAAAAAGAAAUUUCAGAUUUUUUUUUCUUUCUUUCUUUUUAUUAACAAAUUGUUAGAUUUUGUAAAAUAUUUCCUAUU